CUGUGACAUUUACGGUUUACGUGCCAUUUCACUAGGUUUACGGUUAACGUUAGGAAUUCCAAAUUUGAAAAUGAUCUUAGCAAAAUCGGCGCUGUGCCUAAGUUUGGUCUCGUGUGUUUUGUGCAUUGCGUUGCCGGAUUACCUGAAAUCCUGCUCAAGAAAUGACCCGAACCUCAACGCUUGCGCACUGCAAGUGGCCCAGUCGUCCAUCACUCGCUUUGCCCAAGGAGAGGAGAGCCGAGGCCUAGUACCUUUAGACCCUCUGUUUGUACCCGAAAUGGUGGUGUAUGUGCCCAACGAAAAUGGACUGAAAGUGAGAUUCCUCGACAACCACUUCACUGGCCUGUCGCAACUGCAGAUGCAGGAUUUGAAAUUUGACCUGAACAAAAAGGUGAUAACGACGGACUGCCUGGUGAACCUGGAGGUGCUCGGCCGCUACGACCUCAGCGGGAAGAUACUGGUGGUGCCCAUCAAGUCGAACGGCGACUCUACUAUUAGAUUGAAGAACACCCUCCUCCACAUCCGGUUCUGGUACGAGCACGUGGCGGGCCCGGGCGGCGCCGUGCACUGGCGCAUCGUGAAGCACGACAUCAAGUACGAGGUGGAGAAGGCCACCUUCCGACUGGAGAACCUGCUCAAUGAUAAGAACAUUGGUGACCAAAUCAACCGACUGCUGAACGAGAUGUGGCGUGAGAUAGUGUCGGAGGUGGGCCCCUCCAUCUCCAAGUCACUAGUAGACGCCGUGGUCGAGAACAUCCAGGUGCUACUCAGCCAGGUGUCGUAUGACGAACUCAUGCCGGAAUAAUUUAGAAGCCUUUCUGAAGGGCUGGCAUGGGGCGCAAUUAAAAUGUGACAUCAGUUUUGCAUCGCGCUUACUCACACCGCGCAGCCUCAAGAGCGAGUGACGGAGAACUUUUGUCACGUCUUAAAUGCAAGCUUCUGCUAGCCCUUCUGGAGAGAGAUAUUUGUGAUGUUAUGUGAUAAGUUUGGAAUAAAUGCGUAAGUUUGUAUAUUU